AUAUUUUACAACUAAAGCCAGUUUCUAAUUUUUUCUCUGCCAACAACUAAAGAAUUCUAUAUCCAAAUUAUAGUGUAUUAUAUAUUUCGGAAUAAAAUAUGGGUCGGAAAUUGAAAGAAAAUCUUAGUGAUUCACUCGAUGAUAUAUUUAAAGCAUUUAAAAAGGAACUUAAUUUACACCGCGAACGUCAAAAAGAGAUCGUAGAAGGCUUUAUAAAGAAAGUUAAUUUUCUUAAAAAGAAUCAUACCAACUCAAUUGACAGGACUUUUAAAAGAGACGUUAGGAGGAUUCAACUUGAAGACAAUAAAAAGAGUGUGUGGAAAUUACCAUCAAUUAUUGGACCUGGACCAUUCCAAGGAAAACACAAAAGACUUGUUUAUUGUGACUGCUCUUCAGACGGAAGUGAUUUAGAUUCAGAAUCAGAAUCAGAAUCAGAAGUAGAUGAUGAUGACGACGAUGAUGACUUUGAGGAUGAAGAUGAGAAGAAGGAUCAGCGGCACAUAAAUGGAAAAUGUUGCACACUACGAAUACAACGUAAUGUUCAAAAAGGUCGGAAAUAUCCUCCAAAGCCCAAGAGAAAAAACUUUAAAAAGAAGCAAAGUCUGGCAAAGCUUAAAAUUUCGUCAAUCAGUAAAAAUGAGUUGAAACUUAAACAGAAUUUGCUCCAUUUAAUUAAUGAGGAGAGAAAGAAUAAAACAAACCCUGGUGCCAUGAAUUGUUCGAUUCCAAUGACUGAGCGACAGAAUUUGGAGAUGCCGGGACCAAGUGGACAUUCAGGUUCACUUAUAGUUAAUAUGCCGAUGGGCUGUAACCCUGUUAAGAAGAAAGCUUUUAAGAAACAAAGGAAGAAAUAAAUCACAUAUUUCAAGUAAAAAAACUGAUUCAAAAGCUAAAAAUGAUGAGAUUCGAGAGGAAGAGUGUAACAGUUGAAAAAGAAGAUAUAGACGAUAAACAAGAUUCUGGUAUGUCAUAGGUAUACA